UGUAACUUGACUAAAAGGAAUUAUCAAUGAAAUAAAAGGCUUCAAUUAGGCUGCAGCCGGAGUGUGGUAACCUGGCAGAAUCUAAGACGGUCUUCGGGGACCCUUGCUCUUUAACUUAAGUGAUUGGGACUCGUGACGUAGAUGGGAUGCAGAAACCUAACACUUCGCACGCCAAGGCAAGCAACACUCAUGCAAGGGGCAGCCUGGUGUAUGAUAUCACGUGUGGGCGGCGGUGCGAGAACCGCUAGAAGUGCCACUUUCAAAGUUAUAUGCAGAGUAGGCUACACGCGGCUAGUGGACGGCUUUAUAAACCGAAAUAAGCGAUAUCAAAGAUGAAGAGGAGAGCAGGCUUGACAAUCGAGGCCUUCGUUCUGAUGGGGGUCUUGUGCAUCGUGUUUCUGCUCUGGAAUAACCAAACCACUCGACCCAAUCUAGACACCACGAGGCCAGAAAGAUCAGCCAAUCACGAUCAGCUCCUCCCAAAAGCCACCGCAGAAUACACGAGGCCGCCGGCUCGCCGGGUGUGGGACGUCUGUCACCAGAACCUGUCCGCGUCCAACGUCACAGGCUUCUCCACCUUACCGGGCCACCUCAAAGACUUCCUGUACUACCAGCACUGUAAAUCCUUCCCCCUGCUGCUGGACCUGCCCGACAAAUGCGGCGGGCCCAAAGGCUCCUCGGACGUCUUCCUGCUCCUGGUCAUCAAGUCGUCCCCCAUGAACUACGAGCGCAGGCAGGUGCUCCGGGAGACCUGGGCCGAGGAGCGGCCGUACGCGGGCCUCUGGAUCCGCCGGCUCUUCAUCUCGGGGACGACCGGCGCCGGCUUCGAGAAGCGUCGGCUGAACAAGCUGCUGCAGCUGGAGCACAGGAAGUACGGCGACGUCCUCCAGUGGGACUUCAACGACUCCUUCUUCAACCUGACCCUGAAGCAGGUCCUCUUCCUGGGCUGGAUGGAGGAGCGCUGUCCCCGGGCGCACUUCCUGCUCAACGGCGACGACGACAUCUUCGCCCACACGGACAACAUGGUGGAGUUCCUGCGCGAGCACGACGGCGGGCGGCACCUGUUUGUGGGCACCGUCAUCCAGAACGUCGGCCCCAUCCGGCACCCCAACAGCAAGUACUACGUGCCCGUUCAGGUGCAGACGUCGGAGUCCUACCCGGCCUACUGCGGCGGCGGGGGCUACCUCCUGUCCGGCCACACCGCCAUGGUCAUAUACAACGCGUCCAAGGCCAUCGGCUUGCAUCCCAUCGAUGACGUGUACAUGGGGAUGUGCCUGGCCAGCGUGGGGCUCAAACCCGCCAGCCACGGGGCCAUCAGGACUGCGGGGCUCCACGUCCCCUCGCAGAAGAUGGACUCCCGGGACCCCUGUUAUUACCAGGACGUUCUGCUGGUGCACAGGUUUCUGCCGCAUCAGAUUUACAUCAUGUGGAACCAGUUGCGGGACCCGGCGCUUAUCUGUUGGCAGAAGUGAACUGAACUGAAGUCUUCACGCCGUGCCUUAAAGCUGCUCAGUGACUCAAUAAGGACAGUGGUAGGACUGGGGAGAGGGUGUCUCGGUGCCUGGGUGCCUGUUGGAAUGUAUGUCUUCUGUAUUGGUGCCGGGUUGAGGAAAUAACAGGGACGAUAAUAAUAAUAAUAAUAAUAAUAAUAACGCACACUUUCAUGACAAGUAACAAUGUUUCAAAUAGAAUCGAUUUCAGAAGGAAAUCAUGCUGGUAAAUAUAUAAUAGGAUGGGAUCAUUUUUAUAACCUAAACACUAAGGGAAUGUUGUAAGAUCUAUAUGUCUACCAAGGGGCCUAAAUAAGUGAAUUAAAGUGAGUAAUGGAUCUCUAGUGGAGACCGGGGCUGACUGUUGGACAGUUGUCUUUUUACUACAAUAUGGGUUCACAAAAAACUGAAAUAAUUUUCACUAUGCUGUUAAGAAUUGAAGAAAGGGGAAGUUGUGUUCCUCCCAAUUAAUAAAGGUGAAUAUAUACAUGUUUUUAUUCUGUCUUGGGGAUACUUUUUUGAAUCAUAAUCCUUUUCUUCUGCAUAAACUAAUAUCAUUAGCUUUACAGAGUACAGAACUAAAUAAAAUGUAUGAAUACAACAAGAAACCUCGUCACUCAUCACCUCAUCACAUAUGAUGACAUCAUUUUGGAAGUGCCUACUGCAACCAAAGCUUCUUCUUGGUUGUGUGCAAGGGAGAGGUUAGGGGGGGUGUUCAGGUGAUUGCAAUCUGCAACCUCACCGCUACACGCUACUUAAUCCUACAUACUGAAACUUUAGAACCCAACCUUUAAACAUACCCCAGUCCUACCCUAGAUCUAACCGUAAUCCAACCUUUAAAUGAAUCCUUAUCUUACCGUAGACCUCAACGCAAACCAACCUUUAAAUCAGCCCUACCACUGCACUACCAAACACUUACCGGAAAUAAAGCAAAAACUUAUGCCAAACUUAUCCCUAACACCAGAACCUACUUUAAACACAGGCCUACAAAGGAGAUACCGGUCACUGAGCUCAAUACAACAUGUGUAAAAGCAGAAGAGCAUUUGCAUUCAUGAAGGUAUAUUUAGGUGCUGUUACUUGGAGAUACCCAGUGGCAUGAUGGGAAAGGUAUUAAUAACCGCAUCAUCAUAAAAGGGCAGUAUAUUUGUAUGUAUGUCUGUUUGUACAGCUAUCUAUAUGCUGGUUUACGAUGGGUUUCAAAAUGGAUUCGGAUAGCAAGGGGUGAGGUCAGAAGGAAUGCUCAUCGAGAUGACCUACACGAAGGAUCGAACGAAAACGGUGUCCAUGUUUUCACGUCCGUAGAGGGUCGGUUUAGGGAAUAUUUAGUGAUUCGUUGGGAUAAUAAGGGGGUAAGGAAUCAGAUUUACGCUUCCCUCCAGAGUCGUUGUCCAGACUGUUUGUUCAGUUGUUGUUCCAUUGCUGGUGGUCACCAGGGAGGCAAUUUAUUAUCUCCUCGCCAUGCCACCAUAGCAACUCACUCAUUACUCAAGUCAUUUGCAUCCUCAGACAGGCGCAGACCAUUCUUAGUCAACGCUGAAUAAAUGAAUGAAUAAGGAAAACGAAAUAAGUGAAUGGAAUAGAAUACAACUUUAUUUGCCCCAAGGGGGAUUUUGUUGUACACAUUCACGGGGCUGCAAAAACAUUCAAACUCAACAGGGAAUACACGUUGUUCAAAAUGGUGCAUUGGCAUUUAGGGCAUUUAGCAGACGCUUUUAUCAAAAGCGACUUACAAUUAGUACAUUUGUCAGAAGAAACAAAAAUACAUUACUGUCGGUACAGUCAAGUGCCAAGCACUUACAAUUGCUAGGUAGGCCUACACCCAUUCCCAUUAAAUAACUUUUAUUGCUUUGAUCAGAUGCUACACAAUGCUAAGUACUAUUUAAACUACGAUAAACCUCUCAAAUAAUUGAGGCUGCAUAGAAAUACUAUAAUAAAAAUUCUGUUGAAAUAAAGUGGCCCUGAAUCAAAGUCUCGUAAUCCCUGAUUGAUAAUUACUGGUGUACUUCAAAUCACUUCAGCAAAUAACACUUAAUGAUAAAUGCUCCAAGCCUCCCUUUAGUUUAUUUGUAAAGGAUGGUUACCAUGAAGCAGUGUAUACUCAAAAAUGUAUAUAACAGCUUGAUACAUCACGUGUCAUUGGCAAAAUGGCCACCAAAAUCUCAGCUAUUAUUGAAGGAUAAAAAAAUAGAUCUAUAUACGAAAUAAAUAAUUCAUAAAUGUUAUCAUUUUCUUAGAACCUUAUAUAUGCAAUACUCAUAUUGCACAAUGCUGUGAGCUUCAAUUAAACUAUGAAAUACAAUUAAACUCCAUCAAACACUGAUUGAAAACAUUUCAGGGAACGACAUUCUUUUAGAAUGACUCGCAGCACGGGUCCUCCCCUGUUAUGAGGCACAUCGAAGAAGCAAAACACAACUGGACAUAA